CCGCUAACACCGCCCCGCCCCGCCCGCGCCUCCGCGCCUGCGCAGUGGGGAAAGGUCGCCGCCGCCGCGCGCCGCUUCCCUUUCCGGCCGUGCCGGGGCUCCUGUCAACAUGGCAGCGGCGGGCGAGAGGCGGCGGUGCCUCCUCUGGGCGGCAGUGGUUGCACAUGUGGUGGCGUCGGGUGCGGGUUUUGUGGAGGACCUAGACGAGUCGUUUAAAGAAAACCGUAAAGAUGAUAUUUGGCUUGUAGAUUUUUAUGCACCUUGGUGUGGCCACUGCAAGAAACUAGAGCCCGUGUGGAAUGAAGUGGGUAUAGAAAUGAAAAACAUGGGCUCUCCAGUAAAAGUUGGGAAGAUGGAUGCAACUUCCUUUUCUAGUAUUGCAUCUGAAUUUGGAGUACGAGGCUAUCCAACAAUUAAGCUCUUGAAAGGUGACUUGGCAUACAACUAUAGAGGACCUAGAACUAAAGAUGAUAUAGUUGAAUUUGCUAAUAGAGUAGCAGGACCUCUUAUCAGGCCACUUCCUAGCCAGCAUAUGUUCGAGCAUGUGCAAAAGAGGCAUCGUGUACUUUUUGUGUAUGUUGGUGGUGAAUCUCCUUUAAAGGAAAAAUACAUUGAAGUUGCUUCAGAACUAAUAGUUUAUACAUACUUUUUUUCUGCCUCAGAAGAUGUGCUGCCUGAGUAUGUGACAUUGCCUGAAUUGCCUGCUGUUGUCGUCUUCAAAGAUGGAACUUACUUUGUUUAUGAUGAGUAUGAAGAUGGUGAUUUGUCAUCUUGGAUAAACAGAGAAAGAUUUCAAGGUUAUCUUAAUGUAGAUGGCUUUACGCUGUAUGAACUUGGAGAUACAGGAAAACUUGUGGCUAUUGCAGUCAUUGAUGAUAAAAACUCUUCAGUGGAACAUACCAGACUAAAAACUAUUAUUCAGGAAGUUGCUAGAGAUUAUCGGGAUCACUUUCACAGGGAUUUCCAGUUUGGCCAUAUGGAUGGAAAUGAUUACAUUAAUAGUUUACUAAUGGAUGACUUGACAAUCCCUACUAUUGUUGUAUUGAAUACCUCCAAUCAGCAGUAUUUUCUACCAGAUAGGCACAUUGAGAAUACAGAAGACAUGGUUCAGUUUAUUAACAAUAUCUUGGAUGGUACAGCUGAAGCACAAGGUGGUGAUGGACUUCUGCAACGAAUCAAGAGAAUAAUUUAUGAUGCCAAGUCUACUGUAGGGUCUGUGUUCAAGAGUUCGCCACUUCUGGGAUGCUUUCUCUUUGGGUUACCUCUGGGGGUCAUCAGCAUUAUGUGUUAUGGAAUCUGCACAGCUGAUACAGAUGGAGGGGUAGAUGAGCAUGAGGCAGCUAAAAAAGAAAAUGAUGAUCGGGAGCUCACAGACGAAGGCAGUGAGGAAGAACAAGAGGAGGAAAAGAACGGAAAAUACACAGAACUUUCGGAUGGAGAGAUUAAACAGAAAGACGUAAUGGAAAAGAAAAAAGACUAACUUGUUUAGCAAAAGAAUUCUCUAGAAUUUCCAAAUAGACUUAUUUAUUGAAGGUAGUCAUUUAUUGAUGAUCUUCAUGAAAGAGGACCUUUUUGUCACCAUUAUGGUAGUUUUGACUUGCAUGUAUUCAAAUUUUCUCAGAAAUUAUCAGGAAAAAAAAAAAAGGAUGUUCUCUUAAUUGUCUUUAAUAGAUUAACAAAGAGCAAUUUAAACUGAAGGAAUUUGCGGGUACAAUUCUACACCUUUUAUUUUUUUUUUUUUUGAAGAUUUUUGACUUGGUCAUUUCCAGAACAGUGAAAUAAAGAUGUUACUUGACCUUAAUGUAUGUGAUGAACUACUACUAUGAACUAUUCAUUCAUAUGAAAUUAAAACUUUUUUUUCAUUAUUUUGGAAAAAAAACAAACCCAAAUUUUUCUGUUUUCUCAAGUUAAAUGUAAAUUGUUAGGAAUUAGAGGACUGUUUUACCAUGUAAUAAUAUAAUUAUUGGCAGUCAGGAAUGUUUACUUGAUACAGGAUAUGGGAGAUGUACGCUAAAUUAAGUCUUCAGUAGUGCUUUAGCAGCUAAAAUUAUUGAAAAACUAUGUUAUAAACCUUUUAGAACAUGUUUGCCUGUUAAAUUGUUUUGUAUGAGUGCUUACACAAACUUAUAGUGCAAAUGAUUCUGAAUCCACAGUACAACUUGAUAAAGGAAGAUGUAGAUAUAAACACCCUCCGACUAUUUUGCAUAAUUCUCUAAUGACAAGCUUUUUCAAUGGUGUACAUUUGUUUUACAGUGUUUACUUCAGAUUGUUAUAUAUCUUUGAGCUAGUUGGUGUUGAUAAUUUUGUUUGAGACUGUUACCUGCUCUGAAUGGGGGAGUUAAUGGAGCAUAAUACUAACGUUCGUAGAGAUUGGUCAGUAUAAUGCAUUUUUGUUACCUAUUUAUUCAUAAAAGUCACUUUUAAUACAACCCUGGGACUGUGAAAAGGACUUACUUGUGUCCAGGGUUAAAAUCUCCAAGGAUAAGCUAUAAAGCAGCCUUUGGCAUUGAUGUAAUGGAGAAUAUCACAGAAACAAAACUUAUAUUGCUCUUCCUCUUUGUAUUCAUGCUGGGUUUUUCCUUUUUUUUAAUUUUUUUUCAAUACAGAUUAUAAUGUCCUCCUUACAAGGCAGCUUGAUCACAUAAGAAAUUACUAUGCUGUAGCACUAAAUUUAGGAAUUUUAAAUAAAAAACAUGGCUAAGCCUAAGUAGACAAGUUUUGUGUUUGAAUAAACCUGAUGAUGAUAUGAAUCAUAACCAGGGAAAAUGCAUUGCAUCCUUUUUCCUUGUAGGAAAGAAACUUGUUUCUUCUGUUUAAUUAGUUUGGUAACAGCUGGCUUCAUGUUGCAGUGCAGAGUAUAGUAAGUAGAUGCCUGACUUCAAAGAUUUCUGUUAUCAUGCAGUAUAAACGAUAUCUAAGGAGAUUAGGAUUUUUCUUAUUUUUUUUUUUUUUUCAGAAAAAUUCCAUGCCUGAUUUUGAGUCCAACCUUUUUCCUUUUGGGAGGAGAGGAAAAAAAUGAGUUCGUAGGAUGCUGAGUAGCAAGUGUCUGAUACAAUUUUUUUCCCUUUUUUUCUUUUCUCCUCUUUCCUUUUAUGAAUUGCCUUUUUAUCAUUUUUUUUGUCAUAGCUAGUUGUACAUAGUGACUUGAGUUUUCUUGCUUUUUGAUUUCAUUUUUUUUGGCAGAAUCUUUUAGGUGUAGUUUUAGUACAUAUUUGAAGAGUGAGAUGCUUAAAUGUGUGUUUAGACAUUUUUUUUAACAUGGUGUAGAAUCUUGAGUUGUUUAAAAAACAAAAUAAAAAAUCACUUAAUGACAAGCCUGUAGAUUUCUUUGGACUUUAGCACAACUCAGUGCUGUUAGUCAAAGUGUAGGACUCUUAAGGCAGUAAUAUGAUUUCUUGAUUCGUCUCUUUUCUUAAGAUUUCAAAUACAGAUCGAUUACAUAGUUAAUUUUGGCUCAGGCUGGAAACCUGCAGCUUUUGACUUAAAAAACCUGAAGUGAUCACUGGAAGGCUGCUGUUCCUUCUAUGGUGUGUAAUAAAAAAAAAAAAUAUAUUUCUGAAUCCUGCUGCACUGCUAAGAACCGUUUCAAUUAUGAGCCUUCAUUUUUGUGGUUAUUUUUGUGUUUAUAAUCAGUAGCAGCCAAACAGCUUGCUGAGAAAUCUGAGAUAUGGACCUGAAUAUGAUAAAUGCUGUGUGAGAAACAGGUCACGCUAGGAUCUGUUAAAACUGUAACAUUUAACUGCUAGAGUUAGGAGGAAAGCGUGCGUGUCAGUCACUUCUGAACUGUAAUAUCCAUCAGAUGCGUACUGAACUGUUGAAAAUUAAACUUGAAAUGUACUGCCAUUUUCACCAAGUCUUUCUCCCAGUUGCAUUCAGCGAGACACAGGGAGAAGAAAAGUGUACAAGUCAUAUACUGGGUGCCAGCAGUGAUGUGGAAUUAAGGGUUUUGCUGUGGUCACGCAAGUAAUCUGGAAGGCUGUCUGAGGGGAGAUCUGGCAUUUCUUUUUUUUUUUUCUUUGGUCUCUAAGGGUUUCUUAAAGCAACUUCACUGUAAUAACUUUGAAUUCAUGAAAUAAUGCUGCUUUUUUAAGUCAAGUGUAAGUCUUUCGGGUUUUUUUUUUCUGUAAUAAAAACAUUUAAAAGA